UGUGCAGAUCGUAUGGACUCCGCUACGAGAUGAGAGUUGAGCGACGGUGGAUUUGGUGACACGCCGUACAAGGGCCGUAGGACAGAAUUGGUCUGGUCCCGACAACUUGGGUUCUGUAGGUCCCGGUCCCUCGGUUCGUCGUAGAUUUGUACAAAAUUCCCAUAUAUCUGCGACGAACUCCUUGCGGCCCGCAUCUGCCGGAUCCUGGAUCCUUUCGUUUAUCGUCAAUCAUUCUUGCUUUUCUCCUUGUGAUUCCUUUUUCUUUUCCCCUUUAUUCCCAUAUGAUUUGAAGCAGGAUAGAGCCUGGCUUCAUCGACAGUCAUGUCUGUCCCCAACAGAGGCCCUGAGCUUCAGGCCGUAUGCUAUACUCUUGCCGUUUCCUCAGUGCUAGCAGUCGCACUACGUAUCUAUGUUCGCGUGCGCUUGGUCAAAAACUUUGGGUUGGAUGACUGGUUCAUGUGUAGUGCUCUUGUAAGUCGCUCACCUCAACGACACCCCAACAUCACGACGAUACAUCAAUUGAUCAGACUAUCCAUACUCAAUAUUUGACACAAUAAAUCUGUAUACUCUAAUGACAACAUAUACUGACUACAUGGCUGCAUAGAUCACAUUUCUCCUAUUCGUCAUGUCGGCCCUCCUUGGUGUGAAGCAUGGCACAGGUCGACACAGAGACGACCUCGACCCUCAUGACUUUCAGCAAGCAAUGAAAUGGUGGUGGUGGUGCUACUUAUGGUUGGAUACCUCCAGCCUAACCGUGUUCGCCAUGCUAAUCGUCCAUGUAGGUACUGCCUCACGAUGAUAUCUUCAAAGAUCUCAAUUGGCUACCUACUCCUCCGCAUCACGACACGAAAACUCGACGUAUGGAUCCUCUACGGCGUCAUGGCCGUUACUGUCUGCACCGGAGUCGUCUUCUUCUUCGUCACUCUCUUCCAAUGCACGCCGAUCUCGUACUUCUGGAACCAAGACCAACCCGGAAAAUGCGUCAAGCCUGAGGUCAUCAUGGCCCUCACCUAUCUGUACAGUGUGUUCAGUGUUAUAUCAGACUUCACUUGUGCUAUUCUACCAAUGUUCUUGGUGUUCAAGCUCAACAUGGGAAGGAGGACGAAGCUGGCUCUGAUUCCUAUCAUGGCUAUGGCCUGCGUGUUGGUAUACCCUCGUUAUUACAAGAGACAUUGGCUCACACUUUACAGGGCAAGCGCAGCUGUCGUCGUUCGAUUCCCUUUCGUCAAAGAUUUCAAGAACCCAGACUUCUUAUGGGCAACAAUCGACAUCGCCAUCUGGUCGACAACAGAACAGGGCCUGGCCGUCACGGCCGGGUCUUUGGCAACGCUGCGGCCUUUGCUUCGAUUACUCGGCCGCAAGCUUGGCAUAACGACAUCGGGACGGUCUGAGUUGCGGGACACUGAUCAGCCAAUGGGCUCGGGGGGGUUCAGGCCUUCAAAGGGAACCAACGGCAGCGGCAAUAAGCAUCGCGAUCUUUUUAGCCUCGCCACAUUCGCAAGGGAGGACGACCUGGACGGCAACGGGCGAGACGGCCAGGCAGCUUACGCUGGGGAGCACCAUUUCCAGAGUAGAUCGUCUGCUGAGAAGGGAGUCUCGGCGUGGAGGUCGAGGGACAAUGAGAGUGAGGAGGAGUUGACAGGACAGCUUGGGAGUGACAAUUCGCGGAUCGUCAAGGUGACAACCUUUGAGGUUUCUGAGAACAGGAUUUGAAAAUCGUACCAGCAACAGGAAUAAUAAUGACGGCCUUGAUAUUUAUAACGAAUAAUAAUACUACUUGCUUAUAAUUUAGAGAAAAUAUGUUGUAGUAAAAUGAGGAUGAAGCUAAGUUAUUUAAGUAUUUGGGCUGAC